AUGCCUAGGAAAAGUGAUUUGAAAUGUUAUUUUGGGUGUAUUAUUGAUGGUCCAUUACAUAGAUUUCCUAUUUGGACUUAUCCUUAUGAAGAAAAGUUUAAUGCAUGGAAAGCUGUCCUAAGUGUUAAGACUCAAGGAAAUGAAAAUAGAUACAUAUAUAAUAAUGUCCGAUUCUGCUACAGACACUUUGAAAAAUGUUUUCAAUUACCUAGUAAGCUUCUAACCAGAAAUGCUGUGCCUACGUUGUAUUUAGAAAACCAAGCGAAAGAAAAAAGAAAAAGUCUCCGUACUGUUUGCGUGCGAAACUCAAAACCUGCAACGCGUGAAUCAUCAAGGAAAAAGAACUACUUGUCAGAUGCAGUGGAGGGUGCUAUACCACACAUAAAAACCGAAACUCCGUCUGCCAGUUCACCUAAUCCAGAGGAACAAGACGGUGAAGACAAUGAACCAAAAGACGCUGAUCAGAACGCAUCACCAGAGCCCCCGACAUCAUCACCACGUAUACCACGCAGUUCAACUCCGCAAUCGGACCCAAAUCGUCGCAUUUCAUCCGUCUCCCCGAAGAAAAAAUACAGGCGUGACAGUAAUAAAGGGGCUGGUGAAAUGUUCGGUGUAUACACAAAAUCUAAAAUGAGGAAAAAGAUCGACGACGAGGAGUCGACAAAUAUCAAAGCCAAUAAGAUGUUUCUGUUAAGUUUGCUGCCGGCCAUGAAUUGUAUGACACCAACACAAAUAAGAUCAUUCAAACGUGUAGUUAUCGAAUUGAAAGAUAGAUUGCUAAAUUUACCCCCCGACCGG